UGCAAGUGUAUGCCAAAUAUUUACUACACCCUGUAAGUAAAUUAACAAUUCCUACAUGAGUCAGCAACAAGAAAAGGAAAGCACAAAUAAAAACGGAUAAAUAUAUUCGUGUUAUUUUAAUUCACCGUUUCAACGCCUUUCUCACAUAUACACGUACAUUUCAGCCUAUCGUUUCUCAAACAGCAUCAGGAAUCACUUAGUGACCAUCCUUUCCCCUCUUUUUUUUUUUUUUUUUACUGAUAGUAGAUAGCCAUCGCGAUGACUUUUGUUUUGAAAUGUAGCGUUUGUUUUGAACCCUUGAAUGAAGGCCGCUCGCUUGCUAAAUAGUUAGCAUGGCUACCGAAUUCCACCCAAUCUGACUGCAGUGCAGCAGCAGGAAGGACCGAGCGGGCUGUUUCCAUUUUAGCUCGAGAAGUCUUUACCUACCAUUGUUUAACCUUCAUUUCUAGCAAGAUGGGAACAAGAGACGAUGAGUAUGACUACUUGUUUAAAGUGGUUCUGAUUGGAGACUCUGGCGUGGGGAAGAGUAACCUUCUGUCCCGUUUCACCCGCAACGAGUUCAACCUGGAAAGCAAAAGCACCAUCGGAGUUGAAUUUGCUACUCGCAGCAUUCAGGUGGACGGGAAGACCGUAAAAGCCCAGAUAUGGGAUACGGCUGGGCAAGAACGCUACAGAGCCAUCACCUCAGCGUAUUACCGUGGUGCUGUGGGGGCUCUGCUGGUGUACGACAUUGCCAAGCAUCUGACCUAUGAGAAUGUGGAGCGCUGGCUGAAGGAACUGAGGGACCAUGCAGACAGUAACAUUGUUAUCAUGCUGGUUGGCAACAAAAGUGACCUGCGCCAUCUCCGGGCUGUGCCCACUGAUGAGGCACGCGCAUUCGCAGAGAAGAACGGGUUGUCUUUCCUGGAGACAUCAGCUCUGGAUUCCACCAAUGUGGAGACAGCCUUUCAGACCAUCCUGACUGAAAUCUACCGCAUCGUGUCCCAGAAACAGAUGUCGGACCGCCGGGAUAACGACAUAUCGCCCAGCAACAACGUGGUGUCCAUCCAGGUGCAGCCCACUGAGAAUAAGCCAAAAAUGCAGUGUUGCCAGAACAUCUAGCCCCGUCUAUGACCUCCUUUUCCUGCAAAGCCCACCUGCAGAAAAGCCCCCAUCCCUCCCUCUCUUCACCCCCCCCCCCCCCCCCACACUUCUUAAAGACUGCUUUGGUUCAGAGGCGCAGCUGCACGCUUGGGCUAGAGCACAGAAGCUGUGUUUCCAAACCUCAGAUCUCAAAAGGGUUACCACCUGCGCUCUGGACUAACAUUAUGUUGUUGUUGUUGUUGAUUUUUUUUUUUCUGCCAUGGUAGGCUUUUUUUUAUUGCAAAAUUUGAAUAAUCAGUUGUGCUGAUCUUCAUGGAAACGUCUUAAUAUAUUAUUUCAUUUGCGAACAGUGUGAGGUUUGUUCAUGUCUGUGUCUUGCGCAGCUGGCCCGUGUUUGUGUCUGAACUUGUCCUGAGAUUAGACACCGGCAUUAAGGAGGUGUUACUGUAUGCUGUAUUUAGAGAGUUUGGAUACUAGAUGUUUAAACUAGCAUUAGGCCCCAGAGAUCAAAAACCUCCCAACUUUAGCUAUUGCUGUGUGUAUGCAAAUGCUUCACUUUGCAUGAAAACCUAAAUACCAUCUUAGGAGCACUCCUAUUAUUGUAUUUUUGACAGUAUCUGAGCGGAUAGCGUAACACAUCAGUCCUGAUUUGUUGUGGCUCCUGUGGUCUGUAUAGUAGAAUAUGCUUGCAUGCUUUAUCAGAACUCUGGAAAGAGGAGUAGGAAGAUCUUUGGUACAGAGAACCCCACAGACAUGACUCCUCACACUGACAUCGAGUUCCUCAUGCUGCUACAGUUUCAAUUCAUCCUGUGCAUUUCUUGUAGAGUAGUGCUUUUAGUGCCUUUCUCAGUGGAAUGUCACACAGGGAAGCCUCUUUUCUUUUUUUUUUGGCAUGUGUGCUCACACUGUGGGCUUUUUCCUCCUGCUCUUCACAGCAGUGCUGUGAGGCCUUCAUCACAUGAUCUGCAGUGCUAAAAUGGUAGUAUUCAUCAAUUAUGACUGCUGCCUUGUUUUUUUUUCUUGAUGUUUCUGCCCUCUGAUGUCACAUCUCUUUUUGGUUAAUUUAGCCAGGUUAAAUAACCAGUUUAAAUUGUUCAGAAACGAUGAUUGAUUGCAAAAAUUGAGGGGAAAAAAACGUCAAUACAAAAACAUUUGAGCUUAGACUUUGGCAGUCAGUGCGGAUAGCUGUUUAAACAGCACUGAAACACUAUAAAGAUUUCUGUAGUAUAGUGUAUAUAAUAAAUGAGGACCGAUCUUAAAAUACAAGUGUCAAACAAACUUCCCAUUCAGUGUACCACUCUCCUUAGUCAAGAAAAAGAAUAGCCAGACCACUGCACACAUGACAUAACUGAUGAUUGUAGGCUGGAGCUUUUCUAUAUUUUUUGCACCAAACACUAUUUCUUUCCUUAUCUAACCCACACUACAUGUUAAUUCUUUAGUAUUUAUUCUACAAUAGCCAACUGAUCUAUUGUUUUGUGCCUAUUAUGUAAGACUCCUGAAAUGUUAGGACAGUACUAUGUUUCUGAUCAAAAUAAAUUAAGAAUGUAUCAUGUA